AUGCUCCUAAGGGCUCUUUUUAUGCCUUUAGCAUUGUUUCCACAUUUGUGCCUGACCCAAGACUUUCUCGCACCAGUUGUCGACCUUGACUAUGCCUUGUAUCAGGGGUACUACAAUACUACAUACGAUCUGAAUAUCUACAAAGGGAUAAGAUAUGCUGCUCCUCCCAUCGGGAAGUUAAGAUGGCAAUUACCGCAACCACCGGCACAAAAUCGUAGCCAGGUGAUUCCCGCUAUUGAAUAUGCAUCACGAUGUCCACAGUCUGGGUGCGCGCCGAGACAAAUGACACCAGUUCCAUCGGGCUCUGAAGAUUGCCUAUUCCUGAACGUCCUGGCACCCGCAAAUAAGACCAUGCUACCGGUUCUAGUCUGGAUUCACGGUGGUGGAUACGGGGUAUCGAGCGGCGCGUUCGAGCCGUCACCACAGAUGCAUACAAAUGAGAAUACGUAUAUCAUUGUGACUAUCCAAUACCGGUUAGGCGCCUUUGGCUUUCUAUCAUCUGCUGAGCUUGCCGAGUCGGGGGUACCCAACGCGGGAAUCCACGAUAUGCAAUUUGCGCUGCAGUGGGUUCAAAAAUACAUCCACCUCUUUGGCGGCGAUCCGACACAAGUGACUAUAGCCGGGCAAUCAGCUGGAGGUGGUAGCGUUGCGCUGCUUGGUAUGGCAGAUGGUGGCGUUGACAAUACUACUUUGGAGUACAAUAGCACGAUGCCAACCAACUAUUAUUACCGUUUUGCAGAAGCUGCGGGUUGCCUGCCAGACGAUAGCAAACCUGACGGAUCUGUCUUUCAAUGUUUGACUGAGGCAGACACUAUCGAACUUCAAGAAGCUAGUGACUAUAUCAGCACGACAGGACUUUAUGGCCAAUGGGCGUUCAUUCCUGUGACAGACGGGAAACUUCUGCGAGGACGUCCAUCUAGCCAAUUACUAAAUGACGGAGAACUCAAUGGUAUCCGCAUUCUAUCAUCCAACAACCCAAAUGAAGCUCCAGGCUUUAUUCCUCAGGGUAUCGACAACGAGGAUCGAUUUAGAGGGUUUCUCUUCGGUAAUUAUCCGCUAUUAAGCGAGGAAAACAUUACCAGCAUCCUUACCGUCUACUUCGUUCCGGAGAAUAGCUCAAGUAUACUAGUCAACUCCGACGGCGAGCAUCCGCCAUACUCUAUGACGAAUUCGGGAUGGGCCUCUGGCUGGCAACAAGCAGCUACGAACCUCUACGCGGAGACGACCUUCAUUUGCCCCUCGUAUUGGCUAGCCGACGGCUACGCGAGGAAACAAGAUGGAAAAGCAUGGCAUUACCAAUUCUCCGUUCCACCUGGGCAACACGGUCUCGACCAAACGGCGUUACGCUCGGAUAUAGAUGUUAUGGGCACAGGAAUGGAUGAGGUGUUCCGUACCGCCAUUCAACAGAUCUGGGGCAACUUCAUAGUGAGGGGAGACCCGGCGCUCAGUAAGUCGCAGACACGUGCCCUACAUCAUGGAAAUAUCACGGCAGUUAGUGAUGGAAAAUGGCCGGAAUGGAAAGGGGAGCCAGGCCACGACUGGAUGGUGAAUUUGAACAUGACCGGCGGUGUACCAACCUCAACGACUUUUAAUCUUGAUGGAACGUCGGUCCAGGUCAUUAGCUAUGUGCCUGGUAAUAGUACCUCAUCGCAGCCCUUAGAAGCAAUAUUUAAGGUGGUCGAAGGUAGUUCUUGGGAGGGCGGAAGAGGCGAAAGGUGUCGAUUAUGGGCAGAUCUAGGACCUUGGAUCAUGGCGUGA